AUGUAUCCCUCGUUGGAGACGCCAGACUUCACGCGCGACUACUUCCCGUACAUCGUGAGGGAGAAGGUGGCGCGAGGCGAGGUCUUCGAGGCCGUGGACGCCGCCAUGGCGCCCGUGGACGACGACGAGGAGGCGGUGAAGGCGGUGCUCAAGGUGGCGCUCUGUUGCAUCCAGAACCAGCGGGAGAUGAGGCCCACCAUUCAGACUGUUGUGGAUAUGCUUGAAGGCCGGGUCGCCGUUGAUCUCCCGCCGGAGAACCGCCAUCAUCUGCUCUGA